AUGGCCAGUCUGAACGUGUCCCUCUGCUUCUUCCUCGCCACCUUCGCCCUCUGCCAGGCGGCCAGGAGGGCGGCCAAGGCCCUGCUCCCCGGGGGCGCCUACGCCCACUUUGCCCGGGAGGCGAUGCGGAUGCUGGUGGAGCUCGGGCCCUGGGCAGGGGGCUUUGGCCCCGACCUGCUGCUCACCCUGGUCUUCCUGCUCCUCCUGGUGCACGGGGCCACGCUGGACGGGGCCUCGGCCAACCCCACGGUGUCCCUGCAGCGGUUCCUCCUGGCCGAGGCCUCCCUGCCCGGCACGCUGCUGGAGCUGGUGGCGCAGGCGCUGGGCGUGCAGGCGGCCGGCGCCCUGACGCGGCUCUACUGGGCCUGGGGGCUCAGCGACCUGCACGUGCUGCAGAGCCUCAUGGACCCGCACUGCAGCUCGGCGCUGCGCACGGCCGUGCCCCACGGCGCCCUGCUCGAGGGCGCCUGUGCCUUCCUGCUGCACCUGGUGCUCCUCCGCCUCCAGGGCAGCCGCGCCGUCCACAGGGCGCCGGCCGUGGCCCUGCUGCUCACCGCCGCGGCCGGCACAGCCGGUCCCCUGACGUCCGCCUUCCUGAACCCUGCGCUGGCCGCCUCGGUCACCUUCCGCUGCUCGGGGCACAGCGUGCUGGAGUACAUCCAGGUGUACUGGCUGGGCCCUGUGACAGGCAUGCUCCUGGCCGUCCUGCUGUAUCAUGGCCGCCUCCCUCGCCUUUUCCAGAGGAACCUGCUUUACAGUCAGAAGAGCAAGUACCGGGUCCCCAGAGGGAGGCCUGUCCCGGGGCCUGGAGGCAGCCAGACGCCUGAAGAGGGGAGCAGAGGAUGCGGGCCCCGGUAGUGGGGGGCAGGGGGGCAGCCACUGAGUUCCAGUCACACCGGCUCUGUCCCUGUGAGCAGGGAGCUAGGGCCCGACCGUGGCUGGACCCCGGGGGCUCCCUGAGCUGAGGGCAGGGGGCAGACCUCCAGCCCCUUCCUCCCC